AUGGAUAAAUCAUGGAUUUCCUCGAAUAGAUUAACAAAUGCAUAUGACGAAGGUGUGGAGGAUUUUUUAACCUUUGCACAAAAUAAUAAUGUAAAAUCAGAUGUAAUUCCGUGUCCUUGCAUAAAUUGUAUCAAUUUGUGCUAUCACUCAAUUCCGACUGUGCGUUAUCAUUUGUUUUCCAAUGGAUUUGAUGAAGGAUAUAAAGUUUGGACUUUCCAUGGGGAAAAUCCCGAAAGAGGCCCUAAUAAAUUUGUUCUUCCCGACUUUGAUCAUACAAAAGAUAUGGUAGAUGAUGCCUUCUUCACAGAUGUAGAAGAAGAACCCGAUUCAUUGAAAACACUUGUUGAAGAAUGUGAGAAGCCACUUUAUGAAGGGUCAAAGUAUAGUGCACUUAGUGGAAUAUUGAAAUUCCAAUAUUUGAAGGGUGUACCUAUUGGAGAGGAAGCAAAGAAAUUAGCUACUUUUGAGGGGAUGGUGGCAAGAACAAUGGUGCCUAUAACUUAUGAGACUUGGCGUCAUGUUACCGAAGAAACAAAGGAAGAUAUAUGGCAAUAUGUUUUGAUGAGCUUUGUAGUCGACUUAAAGAGUCGGAAGAAUACUCUCAAAUCGAUUGGGUCGAAGUGGAGAAAUUUCAAACAUUAUUUGUUCAAGAAUUUUAUAAAGCAACAUAAAAAUGACCCAAAGGCAAAAUUACUUGAUUCUCCAGAGAUGUAUCCAUUCUUGAAGAAAGCUGACUGGAAACUAUUUGUUGCACAAAGACUUUCAAAGAAAUGGCAGGAAAAAAGUGAUGGUGGUAAGAAAAUCUGUGCACAUAAUAAAUAUAAUCACCGUUUGAGCAGAAAAGGAUAUGCCGGGCUCACUGUUGAGAUUAUGAAAGAAACGGGAAAGUCGGAAGAGGAAAUUGAUAGAUCUUUGUUAUGGAAGAGGGCAAGACAAACGAAAAAAGGAGGUUAUGACUCAAAUGUGCAAAUUAUUGUUGAUAAAAUUGAUAAGCUGCAAAAUUCUGAAGAUUAUGGAGAGGUUAUAUUUGGAACAAAUGAUGUGUUGACGCAGGCGCUUGGUACUGAGGAACACCGUGGGUUUAAGAAUCUUAAUCAACGAUUUGAGACACUUGAAAGCGAGGUGCAAACACUUAAAAGAGACCGUGUGAACAAUGUUUCAGAAGGUGCCAGUUGUGUGAACAAUGAAAAUUUUCAAGACGAUCCUGUUGAAGAUUUACUUUAUAAUUCUUGUUAUCUUGCUGUUGAUACUGCGUCAAACAUUGUUGCAAAAGGAACGAUAACAAACAUAUCGGGUGAAACUUUUGAAGUUUUAAUGGACAGAUUUUUAAAUGGAGAAGCGUGGCUACCUAUUCCAGUUGAAGAAGAAUUCAUUGUGAAGGUGAAAGAUGCAGUGGGGCACAUACUGAGUUGGCCACAACAUUUGGUCAUCCGAUGCAGUGAUUUGGAAAAAGUGGCAGCAAAACCUUUAAAUGGAGUAGAUAAUGAAGUUAAGAAAUAUGAGAAGAGAGUAAAGAAGUGCCCACAACAAGAAAAGGAUAAAUAUAAGCAAGAAACACCGCCAAAACCUUUAAAAGGAGAAGAAAAGAAAGUUAGGAAAGAAGAGAAGAAAGUAAAGAAGCGCCAAAGAGAAGAAAAUGAGAAAAAUAAGCAAGAACCACCACCAAUACCUUUAAAAGGAGAAGAAAGGGAUGUUAAAAAAGUGGAGAAGAAAGUAAAGAAGUGCCAAAAACAAGAAAAGGAGAAAAAUAAGCAAUUCGAUACCCCAAGGAUGAGAACUAGAGGGCAAAAAAAAGAAAGGACAAGAAUUGAAACUAGUCAGGUUUUGAAAUUGACUUCACGUAUAGUUGACAAACUUUAUAUCCUUCAUCAAAUCCAUUGGAAAACAAAUGAUAACGCACAGUCGGAAUUGAGUGAUAGCACAAAUUGA